AAAGAAGAAGAAAAAAGACGCGCGUUUUCCGUUUUCGGUAGUGUGGUUGUUCCGGUUUAUACGGUGGUCUCUGUCGCGUGGUGAUAUCGAAACUAGUAGCCGGUGUUACCUCCAAAAAAUAAGAACAGCAAAAUGAGCAAAGCACACCCGCCAGAGCUAAAGAAGUUCAUGGAUAAGAAGCUUUCACUGAAACUGAAUGGUGGUCGCCAUGUGCAGGGGAUCUUGCGUGGAUUUGACCCUUUCAUGAAUCUGGUGAUGGAUGACUGUCUGGAGAUGGCCCCUGGAGGGCAACAGAACACUAUUGGCAUGGUGGUAAUAAGGGGAAACAGCAUCAUCAUGUUGGAGGCUCUAGAGAGAGUAUGAAGGCAAUUUGGGACUCAUUGGGAUCACUGAGACCAGAAAGGGUGCACAGUGAUCAUACUCUACUUUUUUUCAUCAAUUGAAAACUUGUUUCUGUAACUUUAUUCCCAUAUAAGAGAAACUGUUUGUUGCUUUAGAAUUUUUUUAGCCUGUAUCCAAGUGUUGUAAAUGGUGGAUUUUGAUAAUUGAUCAUUUUGAUGAUUGCAAAAUACAUGCAACAAGUGUUGAAUAGUGAAAAAAUGAUUUGAAUUCUAUUUUUUAUUUGUCUGUAUUAAACGGAUCUUUCUGGUGUCAAA